AGUUCCCAGAGUUCCUAUUGGGUCAACGCGGGAAGCUCCAAGAUGGCGGCAGUGGCGACCUGCGGCACCGGCGCUGGGAGUACUGGAUCUAUGGUGGCGGCAGGCAGCAAGAACAACGUCACCAGUUUCCAGAGGAGGGGUCCUAGAGCCAGCGGUUCUGACAGCAGCUAUUCUCGACUGGUGUCCAUCGCGGGCACACGACCGUCGGUACGGAAUGGACAGCUGCUGGUAUCAACUGGGCUCCCAGCCCUGGACCAGCUCUUAGGUGGAGGUUUGGCCGUCGGAACAGUUCUUCUAAUUGAAGAGGAUAAAUAUAAUAUUUAUUCUUCUUUGCUCUUCAAGUAUUUCCUGGCAGAAGGAAUCAUCAAUGGGCAUACUUUGUUGGUUGCAUCUGCAAAAGAAGACCCAGCUGAUAUUUUACAGGAACUUCCUGCACCAUUACUUGAUGAUAAUGUUAAAAAAGAUUUUGAUGAAGACGCAUGUAAUCAUAAAACAGCAGAAUCUAACAUUAAAAUGAAAAUAGCUUGGCGUUACCAGUUAUUACCCAAGAUGGAGGCUGGACCAGUAUCAUCUUCAAGAUUUGGUCACUGUUAUGAUGCAUCAAAAAAGAUGCCACAAGAACUAAUUGAGGCUUCAAAAUGGCAUGGAUUUUUUUUCCCAGAAAAAUCAUCUUCAACUCUUAAUAUAGAGCCAUGUUCUUUGACCCAUGGCUACAUAAAGCUGCUUCAGUUUAUCCAGAACAUCAUAUAUGAGGAAGGAUUUGAUGGAUCCAAUCCCCAGGUAAAAAAACAGAAAAACAUUUUAAGAAUAGGAAUCCAGAAUCUUGGUUCACCUUUGUGGGGGGAUGACAUCUGCUGUACGGAAAAUGGCAACAGUCACAGUCUUACGAAGUUCCUGUAUGUCCUCCGUGGUCUUCUGCGAACCUCUCUUUCAGCUUGUAUGAUCACAAUGCCAACACAUCUUAUCCAGAAUAAAGCAAUUAUUUCCCGUGUUACAAACUUGUCAGAUACAGUAGUUGGUCUGGAAUCAUUUAUUGGUUCUGAGAGAGAAACCAACCCAUUAUAUAAGGAUUAUCAUGGUUUGAUUCAUAUUCGGCAAAUUCCUCGGCUUAAUAACUUGAUUUAUGAUGUAUCCGAUGUCAAAGACUUAGCUUUUAAAUUAAAAAGGAAGCUAUUCACCAUUGAGGGCCACAGUAGAGGGCAAUGUCUUCUCGUUGCUGUGACGCCAGCACAGUGACCGAGACCUGCUGGCUAAGUCUCAUAUUCUGUUGUUGUCGCUUAUGAUCAUGUGUAGUUCAUUACAUAUGUAGAGUUGUUUCCUUGCCUUAAUAAACGCGCUUGUUUUUAUCGUGUUGAGCCACAUGUACUUUUAUGAGCCAUCUCAACAUCUUUUUUUGGAGCAAGAAAUGUGAAUAUAUUAAUGUACUUGAUAUUUCAGAGAACACUUGUACAUCUCAUUUGAUCCUGACGACAGUCUCAUGAGGGGAGAAUUAUCCCCCUGUGAUAAAGGAGGACACUGAGACAGGGGUGAACUGACUCGUCCAAGGUCACACUGAGAGUGAGUGACAGAGGGACAUACCACACUUUCACUGGCUGCCUCUGUUAAGUGACCAGGGUAGAGCCUCUGUGUUCUAAAGUGUUUACAAGGUUUCUUUUAAAUCGGCUAUGAGAGCACCUGGCUGGCUUAGUCGGCAGAGCAGGAUCUCAGGGCCGUAAAUUCGAGCCCCACACUGAGUGUA